AUGUCGGUGUGGAAUGAAAGGUUUCAAACACUUGCUUCUGACGAUCUGACUGAUCGGACAUUACCGAAUACCGCCGAAGUUUUCAGGCCGGAGAACGUUCGUCUGAAGGAUUCGAACGAUGGAGUUUUCCGAGAAGAGAACGCCCGUCUGAAAAAAGAAAACGAAGAGCUACGGCAAUGCUUGGUGACCAUGAGUGAGAAUGCCACCCGGAGGACGGCUCACGUACUGGCUAGUCUAUUGGUCUGGAGUGAUGAGCAGCUGACUGGUCAGGCCAAUAAGUUCCUCUCAUCAGAUAUACUGAAUAACAACGAUACAAAAUUGAAAUCGUCAUCACGUGUCAGUCCGUUCAGGCCAAUAUCGCCGGGACCAAUUCAGCAGAUCCGCCCUAUAAACCAGCAAGUUCCAACAGGGUCGAAAGGGAAUACACAUAACAGUCAGAUUAACCGAAACGUGUCUGUUCCAAAUCCACAUGGUCAACAUUCUUCUAAUCUGGUUCACCUUGACAGCCACUACACGCAUAGUCCAAGUAAGGAAGUAAAGCCGUCAACACCGACACCACAGCAUGGCGAUAGAAAAAGCGCUCAGUAUUUAAAAGCCUCUGGGACGUCUCAGAAAGACACCCCUCGCCGCUAUUCCCCUAGUAACUACACUGAUGAUGUGCCUACCGUAAAUGUUGUUCCCAGCUCACCGUCACCCGCUAAUAAUCGUCAAAUAUCUCGAAGUCCUGUUCCACCGAACAAAUCUCCUAUACCACGAAAUGGACCCUUCAGCCAGCCCUCUAUCUCGACAGGAGAGGCGAGGAAUAAAGUACUCACCCCUACCACUAACAGAGGAAGUGUGCAGUCAUAUAGAGAAAAGGGAAAUUCUAAGGAAAGUCCCAGUUUCCGUAAUACCAAAGAGGUUGGAGCAGAUGGUAUAUCAAAUCAAAGAUACCCGGAUUCGGCGUCGAGCAUUGACGAUGGCCUGGAAUAUCUAUUAUCGCGACAAAUAGCCCCUGGGGAGUAUACAUCUAAGAUUGCACCAGGUCAAGGUCAAUAUCAAUCACGCUUUGAGAUGCCUGGGUCUUCCUUCAGUGUAGGCGUUGGAGACAGGCGUGUCGCGGUCAGUGGAGUCCUUGAUCAAACCAGAAGUGAGGGAUAUGGAAGUGUUCCGUCGAGUCUUGGCCAAUUUGGCGGAGAUCAGUCUGAACGUGGUUAUUCAGAUGGUAUCCAAUAUGAUUUAGGCGUUGGUCAAAGUGCUGGAAGUUCCGUUGGAGCACAAAGCAUUCCUGUCAGCGUUGCCAGUAAAGCUGUAGGCGACCCGAUAGCCACGUCCACGCCAGUCAGACCAGCAAUGCCGGGUAGCACUGAAAACGCUGGCCCAUACACAGAUAGUUUAGAGCAGAGCCGAAGUUCGCAACAGCAGUCUGACAUGGCUUCUCGGGUCGCAGCUCACAGCAAUGUGCUACACCGUCCAAUUGACAAUGUGAUGGGGUUUAAGCCCACUCUGACGGAGUCUCGUUGUCAGAAACUGGCGAAAAUUAAGUCCAGUAAGAGAUUGAUUGGGGAGAUAGCUUUCCAGUUGGACAGACGAAUCCUGGAGUAUGUAUUCUCGAAGAAAUUUGUGCCCGAUAAAGAGAACCGUAAGCGAUAUUACGGAUAUAGCAUUUCCAAUGUGGGAGAGAUGAUACGGAAGGAAGCCAUGGAUGAACAGGGAAAGGUCAAUGUCAGAAAGGAACUGGAGAUGCGUUAUCGCUUUGACUACAUCAUGAAAACGCUUUCAUCCUUCGGUUACAUCCUUGAUAGACAUAGUCAGUUUGCUCAGGACAUGGUCAAUAAGCAUGGUUUGCUGAACGCUCCUCCAGACAAACAGACUGUGAAGGUGUUCGGCCUCGAAGAUCCAGUUAUCCUCCGUGUCCUGUUAAGUAAACUGUUACGAAGCGAUGUUGAGCUGCAGGACGAAUUGGUGUUACUAGACUGCCUCUGUUUACUUGCGCAUGACGACCGGAAGCCAAUAUUUCUAUGGUAA